UUUCGUGAUUCGUUACUGAUCUGGGAGGAACGUGACGUCCUGCGGCUUUCCGUCUGCACCGGGCCAAGUCCAGUACCGUUGGCCAACCUACGAUAGCGUACCCACCACCGGUCAGCUUAACGAUGAUGGGUUAGUGCGCGGAGUUCUUUCCGCCCCGAAGCGGAACGAGUGUGGUAUGAGGAUCGACGGCGGAGAGGAUACCGAUUUUGACGAGUUCCAUGGUUGGCAAUGCAAGAACACGAGAAUUUCCGGGCCUAAUGCAAGUUCAGCUGUUUAGUUUUGCUGAUCAACAACCAGUACGUGGUCACGGCGGCAUAUUGAGUGGGCGGAAGACGGAGGAUCGUUAUUCAGCGUCCGGUUGGUCGAUUGUGACACCACGACCAAGAUCGAAUGCAUCGAGGAGGACGGCGAGAAGAUUUGUGCUGAUCUACCGGUGGACGUGGCACUGGAGGAGAAGAUCUCCCACCCGGAAUACCUACGACGAACUGAGCCAGUUAAACAAAAUUACCCUACUACGGAUGGCUCGUGACGACAGUAAACAGACUUUAUCAUUGUUGAGGCGACUGGAAUUGCGGCCCCUGCCUGGACCGUACGCCACUGGACUCGCGAUGACAGCUGUGUGUCUGUCACUCUGCGACUGUCAACACAGUGCGUAAAAGGAAGUGGUAGUUGUCUUUGUUGUGAAUAAAUGUUAUUAUUGUUUUGUUAGUCAGAAGAA